AAAUAAUAAUUUUAAAUAGCUUUUAGAUAGCGUUUUUCUAAGUUCAAAAAAGUAGCGGGAGUCUUUAUUUAUUCACUGUAUUCGGCAAAUGUUACAACGUUGGCAAUGUGAGAUAAUUCUUUUGAAAUACGAACUACUCUUUGGAAAGUUGUCGUGUGUUUGUGUGAACAAGGUCAGGUCCGGAAUAGUUUACCAUGCGAGCGAGGCAGAGCAAUUGAGUGCUGAUGCUGUGGAAGAUAUCCUGAUUAAAAAAAUAUUUUCUCAAAUAUCAGAAUGAAGUGGCAUCUGUACACUAUCCUCCUCUCUGCUGUUACACUUACUAUUGCACAGAGAGUGGCUCCUGGAGUACCUCCACAACAGUAUGGACAACCACAAGUGCCAGUUCAGCAUGUACAGCAGCAGCAGCAUAUACAACAGCAACAGCAUAUACAACAGCAACAGCAUAUGCAGCAGCAACAGCAUGUACCUGUGCAACAAGUUCAACAUCAACAACAAAUCCCAGUACAACAAGCACAACAAAUGCAUGUGCAGCAAGUUCAGCAACUUCAACAACAAAUUCCUGUUCAGCAAGUACAGGUUCCAGUUCAACAAGUGCCAGUUCAACAAGUACCUGUACAGCAAGUUCCAAUGCCACAGGUUCCUGUUCAACAGAUCCCUGGACAACAAAUUCAUGGACUCCAUGGUCAACAAAUUCUAAAUGCAGCAAAUAUUGCCCACGAAAAAGAACAUAUCCAAGAACAUAUGGAAGUUCCAAUAGACACAAGUAAGAUGUCAGAACAAGAGCUUCAGUUUCAUUAUUUUAAAAUGCAUGAUGCUGAUAAUAAUAAUAAAUUAGAUGGAUGUGAACUCAUCAAGUCAUUGAUUCACUGGCAUGAGCAGGGUCAUCGUGACCCGAACAAUGCCAGUCCGACUGGAGAGAAGAUUUUCAAAGACGAGGAACUCGUCCAGCUCAUAGACCCUAUUUUGAGCAUGGACGAUGGCAACAACGAUGGCUUCAUAGACUACCCUGAGUUUGUUCGUGCGCAGCAAAAGGCUGCUGCAAGUGGAGCACGCACUUGAAAGGGCUCCUCUUACCGGCAAUGCAGUUUAGCCUUCUGAGGCUCUGAGUUAGUGUGGGGUGCAAGUGUAUUCAUGUGAAUGAAUAAUCUUUCCCCUGCAGUAGUUAGUCUCAUUAGCCAUUAUUGUAUCCUUUUAUAAUAAAUAAGCAAAAGUAUAAAGGUUUAAAUGAAAUAUCAAAUCAAGGGUGUGCUCAGACAGAUCACUACUUCCUUUAUUUCAAUGAGAUUGUUGCCAAGGAGGUGUAAGCAAAUAAGUCACAUCGCAAGUUAUGUAAAUAAAGUUCAUAGCAGUGACAUAAGUUUAAACUUGUUAGAGAUUGAAAUAAUCAGAACAAAGGAACUAAUUGUGAUGUAUGUAGUUAAAGUGGAUAAAUCUAAUUAAAUAUGCAAUUGCAAAUCAAAAUAAAUACUUUGAAAUUUUGAAAAAAUAAGCUGUUUUUUUGAAGUAGAAACUUCGGAACUUAUAUUAUCAAAAUGUGUUGUGAAAUAAUUGUUAGUUUUUUUCAUACAUUCAUUUGAACCAAUUGCAAGCGGUAAAUGUGGUAAACUGUUUCAUAAUUUCUUCACGUUUUGAGAAUGCCUCUCUCGAGCUUUUGUCUAUUUUGCAAAUCUUUUUCAGCUGUGUAUUGGAGGGAUGUGUGUGGGUUUUCUUUACUGUUCAUAGUGUGCAUGUAUCUGCAAAUAUUUUUGGUGUCUGUUUCGUUGUGAAAAAAAAUUAGAAUGAAGGUUUAUGUCAAUUCAAAAUUUAAAAUAGCACUCAAGUUUGAGUCCUGUAAUUUUUUUUCUGUUUGUAGGAAAGUUUCAGAUUGUUUUCAACAC